CAACUCUGCCUUUAGUUUCAUGCUCUCUCUGUUUCAUCAUUUCGCAAUAGUUUCGCAUUGAGUGUAAACAAUUUUAUUUAUUUAUAAGAAAAAGUUGAUAGUGUAAUGCAAAAAUGAAUUACAACAACAAAAGACCUGCGCGUCAAAACUCAACAAGCUUCAGUGCAGCUUCGGCGGGCACAAAUUCUGAUGGCAGUGGAACCACAACACCAACUUUGCUAUUGCAACAGCAACCACAAGCUAUCGCCUCACCGCAUGCACUGCAGCAUCAACUCUCCAAUAGCAGCACCAGCAGCGCGGCCGGCAUAGCAAGUGGUCUUGCAGCUGCCGGUGCAGCAGAUGAUGCGCCGGUCACAUUAUUGCCCGAAAUUUCGGAUAUUAUGCGCAGUUUUGGCGAUAGCGACCAACCGCGCAUGGAGAGUGUGAAAUUAGUGGAACAUAUACUACAACAACAAUUACGUGGUAUGUUCAACGAGGCAUCGCUGGUGGCAAUGCGUCGCAAAAACAGUCCAUGUCCAACGCAAGCUGAUUUCGAAUUUCUAAUGCGUAAUCACCCAGUCAAAAUAGCGCGUAUGCGCAAACAUUUAAAGGAUAUGAAAAUAUUGAAACGUUUUUUGAGCAUACGUACUGGACGUCCACAAGAUUUUAUGGACGACACGGAGCAACAUGAAUCCGAGGAUGAGCUUGCAAUUGAGGUGCCAGAAUUGUACGAUGAAGAGCGCACGCGUAGACUCUUUCGUGCUGACCGCAUUUCGCAGAUACUAACCGGUCAACAGUAUUUAGAAUUCAACGAAGCGCGCAAGACGUCGUUCUACUGUCGUCAUGGUGAAAAAAUUAAAAAUAAAUUUCGUCGUUUUCUCGACUUGCCGCCAGACCUACGCAUACCCACAACCACAAUGAAUAUUUUGGCUUAUUUUGCGCACGAAACCAUCGCCGUGAUUGUAGACUAUGCUAUAUUGACGCGGUUAAAUUCAGAGAAUCGUAUAACAGAACCUUACAGUCGCAUUACAUCGACAGGUGCUUCGCCGGCAAUGUUGCAUAUAUGCCCUGAAGUGACACAGGGUCGCGGCAUGGAGGUUGUGCGACCCAUUAGUGUACAGGAGAUACAUGAAGGCAUGCGACGUUUUCGCCAGAUGACCAGCAAGAAAAUUGGUUUCUAUCGCAGCUCAUGUGAUGCCGAUUUUCGACGUUCUUUUCUCGCCAUAUAAACGUAGCAAAUAAAUAUAUGGCAAUUCGUAAUUGGAGAAGCCAGUGUUGAUGUUGGUUGAAAUAUAUAUUAUAUCUAUUUCUAGUGUUAAGACUGCUCAUAUAAAUAAAAGUACAUCUCUAAAAUUCUUUAAACUAA